AUGACGAAUCUGUCCAUCCCGUGUAAAAUUUGCGGCCAAGAUGCGCAUGGAAUCCAUUUUGGAGUCAGAAGUUGUCGAGCCUGUGCAGCUUUUUUCAGAAGAUAUGCCCAUUCGAAAUGGGUCAUUGCGAAAUGCUCGAGGAAGUCUGUGAAUCGAGAUUCAUGCUUCUGCAGACCAUGUCGUUUACAGAAAUGUUUGAAACUAGGAAUGGAGACUAAAAAAUUUCAAUACGAAAGAGACGCUCAUUCUCUCACAUCAAAAAACUCGACAAUCGUGAACCUAACUCCAAGUCUUACAUCAUUUAUUGGUUGUCCUGAAUUCCUAUUAUUCUGUGAACCAUCUCCAUCGAAUGUGAGAACAUUCAUAGAUGUCCAACACUUGUUGUCAGAAGCAUCACGUCUUUUGAAUAUCGGAUGUGAAUCCCCAGUGUUUGCAAAUAAUCAGUUGAAGAAAAUGAGUUUCGGAGCAAAUGUUUUGAAGCUGGAUUUGGAAGAUGUCAAGUUUUUCGCUAGAUUCGGAAAAGUAGAAUUUGUCGACAUUAUUGAAUAUUAUUUUUUAGCAGUGGUCAAAUGGAUAAUACGAUUUGACGAGUUCCGGAAGUUGGACAGGAGUGUUCAGAUGACUCUUCUCUACUCGAUAUGGCAUGUUUGGAUGAAAUUCCACAAGUGUUCCGCCACGGCAAUAUUCCGAAAAGUCAACCAAAAUGCAAAGUCUUAUCAAAAAAUCCUGAGGAAUGUAUGUAUGGACAAAGAUAAAGCACGAAUGGACACUGCAUGGUUGAGUGAUUAUCCACAUGAAUAUGUGGGAGUAUAUAUGAGAUCACAAAAUGUUCAUGAAGCUGAUGUUAUCGAGCAACUGGAGAAGUUAGAACCUUCUGAUGUGGAGUUGACAUACAUGUUCGCCCAGACUUGUUUCCAAUAUGCUGGAAAUCGGUUUCAAGGAGAAAUUAUGAAAAUAACUGAUCGAUUUCAACAAGUUCUAUCAGAUGACUUGCAUGAUUAUUAUAUAGAAGAUCAGAAGAAUCCGAGAUACUUCAGAAGACUAGCUGAAUUAAUGAAAGUUAAUAAUACCAUUCAGAAAUCCAUCUACGCGGGUCGGCCACAAAGAGAGCUGAACCGAGUGUUCAGCGUGCUGAAAAUCGGAUUUUCCCACCCUGAAAUGUUCGCAGAUUCAAUGUUUGAUAGUAGAGCUACUAAUUGA